AUGACGGUCUUUACAGCAGUUCUUUUGGGUGUCGGGAUUGAAACGCUACAGCAGGGGCAAUUUCCCAAUCUGGCCUAUUAUUUAUUGUUCUCAUCUGUUGCAGUAUCAGCCUGUGAGGGAGCUUUUUUCCUGCAUCUGUUUCUCACUUCCUGCAUUAGGUGCCAGUCAGAGCCUCCUCUGUAUAUAUGCCUAGGAAAGACUGCACGGAUGGGAGGAUUUCAGAGGUUUGUGGGCUAUGGCCUGCUAUCUGUAGCAUGCUUUUUACAUCCGGUGUUGGUCUGGCACGUCACAAUUCCAGGCACUAUGCUUAUUGUUACUGGUGUUGCCUAUCUUCUCCUGAGCAAGCGAAAAAAGGUCAAGCUAGGGAAGGAAUGUAUCACUCAGGCAGAAUACUACACGGAUCCCUCUGCUACUGCCAUUGUCAUGACGAGAGCAGGUGACACUGAACAGACAUACACCUUCAACAGCUCCUUUAGAGAAAAAAGACAAUCUCUCCUCACCCAGAUGAGGAGUAUCCUUAAAGUAAAAAAGGAUAACCUGCCCCCUAAGAACACAGGUACUGACAAAGUGCCUAGGGAGACUUCCAUGGACAUGAAUACUAAAAAGAAGCAGGUGCACUUUGAAGAGAAUGUCAUUAGGAUAAUUCCUACAGAAGGUGGGAUUGCAGAAGAUCAGGAGGGAGAUUUGGAAGAGACUACUUCAGACACAGCUCCGAUCAUACCCACUGUAGACAGACCGCUAUCCAGCACCAUACCCAUGUCACCUGGCCUCUUCUGAGGUUUAUUUUGGACUUCAGUCACUCAGUACUUUGAGUUAUUCUCAGAAAUUUAAAGAAAUAAUAAGCACCC